AUGCAAAAGCACAAUAUACAAUUGCCACAUCGAAUAACAGGAAUCAGACGAUAUGAUAAUAAUGAAUAUACCUAUGUUAAGUCUACCAACUCACACGAUGACACUGAGAAGUACUUUGGCUGCCCUGCAUGCAUCGCUCAUUGUAUAGAAAUCGACAAGUUGAAGACCCAUUAUUAUGCCAACCAUUUAAAAACCUUGCCCGAACAACCACAGACGACAUCGCAAGAAGAGCCAGCGACAGAGAAACAACAAAGCUACAGUAGCCAAGACCAGCCUAACAAACGUCGCUUAAGCAAUAUCCUUGGAACUGAGUUGUUGGAUCCAUUAUGUCUAUCGUUUUCGCCUCUUGAUCACGAUGACCAUUUGUUGGUACAAAACUUCGAUGCAUCAAUGGCGUUUUAUAAGCUGCAGCUUUUAUUAUGUCAACACAAAUGGAAACUACCACUUGAAAAUCACAUCCACUGCGCCAUGGCAACCACCCACAUUUUGCUCUUGUCACGAAAUCAGUACCCAGAGGAUUUGUCACCCUAUUUCAGCAAUCAUGACCUCAAGGCAACCAUCAAUGGGAUUGAGACAUAG